CCAUAGCUACCCAGUCUGAGUGCCCAAACAGUCAGUCAGUGCAAAUAAAGCAGACCUAGAAUAUUUCCUGGGAAAGGAGGAUUUCAAGUGAUGUAUGGUGGAGCAUAAGGUUAGCUGGCAGCGUUGUUUCUGGAGCUGUGCUUUAGUCAGUCGGGGCAGCACGAGAGAGGGAGAGAGAGAGAGAGGAAGAGAGGAAGAGAGAAAGAGAGGAAGAGAAGAGCGAGCGAGCGAGGGAGAUAUAGGAGAGAAUUCUGCUGAAAGGAAGCAUUUUUAGUGGAUGGGAUAAAACACAACCAUGGAAACUACAUCAGAAGAGAACCGAGAGCAGAGCCAGGAGGAAAAAGGUACCAGAAUCAACAGUUGCUUCGAGUGCUGCAUCAAGUGUCUGGGCGGGGUGCCGUAUGCAUCGCUGGUGGCCACCAUCCUAUGUUUCUCUGGCGUGGCCCUGUUCUGUGGCUGCGGCCAUGUGGCCCUCACCGGCACCCUCACCAUCCUGGAGAACCACUUCUCCAAAGUCACCUCUGACCACGCCAUGCUGACCGACGUAAUACAGCUGAUGCAGUACGUCAUCUAUGGCAUCGCCUCCUUCUUCUUCCUCUACGGAAUCAUCCUGCUGGCCGAGGGCUUCUACACCACCAGCGCUGUGAAGGAGCUGCACAGCGAGUUCAAGACCACCAUUUGCGGACGCUGUAUUAGUGGCAUGUUUGUGUUCCUGACCUACAUCCUGGGUAUCGCCUGGCUGGGUGUGUUUGGUUUCUCCGCCGUGCCCGUCUUCCUCUUCUACAACAUGUGGUCCACCUGCACCGCCAUGAGGUCACCUGUGGCUAACCUCACCAACGUGGACACCAUCUGUGUCGACAUCCGUCAGUACGGUAUCAUCCCCUGGAACGCAGCGCCAGGCAAGGCUUGUGGGUCCACACUUGGAGACAUCUGUAAUACCAGUGAGUUCUACCUGUCCUACCACCUGUACAUCAUAGCAUGUGCUGGAGCCGGGGCCACCGUCAUUGCUCUGAUCCACUUCCUCAUGAUUCUCUCAGCAAACUGGGCCUACCUAAAGGAUGCCAGUCGCAUGCAUGCCUACCAAGACAUCAAACUGAAGGAAGAGCAGGAGCUGCACGACAUCACGUCUCGUUCAAAGGAAUGCCUCAAUUCCUACACAUAAGGAUUACGCCCUGGUCCACACUCGCACCUCUAUGGUCACACACACACACACACACACACACACACACACACACACACACACACACACACACACACACACACACACACACACACACACACACACACACACACACACACACCCGUCCCCCCGUCCCCCCGUCCAUCUCAGGCGGUCUGACCAAGAGAACACUCUUCUCCCAUAACCUGCCAGCUGCCCUCAUUCAGUGCAGUACCAACACGGCUCCUAACAAACUAAUGCAUGUCUCUCCCUACAACUAACUGAUCAAGAUGUCUGUGUCAGAACCUCUGUUUUGUGUUUCGUGUGUGAAUAUACUUUUGUUUUUAUUUUUCAAAUUUUUCAUAGGAUUUUUUUGUAGCUAUUAUUAUUUUUAUUAUUUUUAUUUUUUUCUAACCAGUGAUUGCUGGUGAACUUGAAACAUUGCACUAUUCUAAGACAUGAAGGAAAUAAAUAGUUAAACUUGUUUUAGAGUGUUCUGUUAUGAUUCUGGUCUGACUGUCGGCCAUUAUGAAGAGCAAAGAGCAGGAAGUUCUUGUCAGCGAGAAGAGAAUCCGUUUUUAUAUUUUUAUCAAAGAUGCAGUUUUGAUUACACCUCAUAGCACAACAUGAAACGCCUUACAACAUCACAGAUAUAUAAAAGUGAUGCAAUGUGCUGUUGCUAAUUGCAAACAAGUUUGGUCCUCCUGGCUCUGAAUGAAGAGCAUAUGAAGAGGAAGAAUGUGAAGGCAAAACAACAUUCUAUUGUGCAACAGAACAUGCAUGUGUUGGCUUCUUUGACAAAGUGUUUACGUUACCCCUCUGCCCAUUUGAAACUGUUAGGAUUUAGAAGACUUUUCUCUUGCUAGUAGUUUGAGUUAAAAUAGGUAUGAUCAUUCUGAUUCUAGAAUUUCAUAAGUUACAUUCAUCACGUACAUUCCAAAUAAAAUGUUACUAUUUUAAUUGAAACGGUAAUAAUGAUGUAAAAUCCUAAUUCCCUAAAAGAGGAACUACCUCAUGCCUAAGCAGGUACACUUACUGAACAUGCACAGGUAUUUUAACUGAGAUAUCCACUUGCCCAUGUAAAUGUAACCAGGUAUUUUAACUGAGAUAUCCACUUGCCCAUGUAAAUGUAACCAGGUAUUUUAGCUGAGAUAUCCACUUGCCCAUGUAACUGUAACCAGGUAUUUUAACUGAGAUAAUCACUUGCACAUGUAACUGUAACCAGGUAUUUUAGCUGAGAUAUCCACUUGCCCAUGUAACUGUAACCAGGUAUUUUAACUGAGAUAAUCACUUGCCCAUGUAACUGUAACCAGGUAUUUUAACUGAGAUAACCACUUGCCCAUGUAACUGUAACCAGGUAUUUUAGCUGAGAUAACCACUUGCCCAUGUAACUGAAACCAGGUAUUUUAGCUGAGAUAUCCACUUGCCCAUGUAACUGUAACCAGGUAUUUUAACUGAGAUAAUCACUUGCCCAUGUAACUGUAACCAGGUAUUUUAACUGAGAUAAUCACUUGCCCAUGUAACUGUAACCAGGUAUUUUAACUGAGAUAACCACUUGCCCAUGUAACUGUAACCAGGUAUUUUAACUGAGAUAACCACUUGCCCAUGUAACUGUAACCAGGUAUUUUAACUGAGAUAACCACUUGCCCAUGUAACUGUAACCAGGUAUUUUAACUGAGAUAACCACUUGCCCAUGUAACUGUAACCAGGUAUUUUAACUGAGAUAACCACUUGCCCAUGUAACUGUAACCAGGUAUUUUAACUGAGAUAAUCACUUGCCCAUGUAACUGUAACCAGGGAUUUUAACUGAGAUAACCACUUGCCCAUGUAACUGUAACCAGGUAUUUUAACUGAGAUAACCACUUGCCCAUGUAACUGUAACCAGGUAUUUUAACUGAGAUAAUCACUUCCCCAUGUAACUGUAACCAGGUAUUUUAACUGAAAUAAUCACUUGCCCAUGUAACUGUAACCAGGGAUUUUAACUGAGAUAACCACUUGCCCAUGUAACUGUAACCAGGUAUUUUAACUGAGAUAACCACUUGCCCAUGUAACUGUAACCAGGUAUUUUAACUGAGAUAACCACUUGCCCAUGUAACUGUAACCAGGUAUUUUAACUGAGAUAACCACUUGCCCAUGUAACUGUAACCAGGUAUUUUAACUGAGAUAAUCACUUGCCCAUGUAACUGUAACCAGGUAUUUUAACUGAGAUAAUCACUUGCCCAUGUAACUGUAACCAGGUAUUUUAACUGAGAUAACCACUUGCCCAUGUAACUGUAACCAGGUAUUUUAACUGAGAUAAUCACUUGCCCAUGUAACUGUAACCAGGUAUUUUAACUGAGAUAAUCACUUGCCCAUGUAACUGUAACCAGGUAUUUUAACUGAGAUAAUCACUUGCCCAUGUAACUGUAACCAGGUAUUUUAACUGAGAUAAUCACUUGCCCAUGUAACUGUAACCAGGUAUUUUAGCUGAGAUAUCCACUUGCCCAUGUAACUGUAACCAGGUAUUUUAGCUGAGAUAAUCACUUGCCCAUGUAACUGUAACCAGGUAUUUUAGCUGAGAUAAUCACUUGCCCAUGUAACUGUAACCAAACCUGUGGUGGUUGGGGCUUUUAAUUCUAGUUAUUUUAGGAGGAAUCCUUUACACUUUUAGUCCUUAAACUUUGAGUCCUUACACCAUUAGUCCUUACACCAUUAGUCCUUACAAUUUUAGUUUAUUUAGUUUUUAUUUAUUUUACUCUGGCAAGUGAAUGGUGCCAAUAAGAAUUAUACAGUUAGACUGACCAAAAUAUUUAAUCUUAAUACAUGGCCAUUGUGUGAUGCCAUGAUUAAUAAUUAGUAUCGUUUUAGUUUUUCAAAUGCAGCAUUUUUAUAGACAGUCUAUGUAUCAUUUAAAAUAUCUUGAUUAAUGUCUUCGUGAGAUGAAAAAUAAUGUCAAAUUUGACUAUUAAACAUGAGGAUUGUAUACUACCUUGUUUCACAGAGGGGCUUGUAUGUCCAAUGUAUUGUUGGGAUGAAUAAAUUCUUCUUAUUGUAUAGUGUAUGAUCUUCCACAGUUCAUUCCAAAUUCCCAUGUGUGACUUGAAAUUCCCUUUUGCGAUUGUCAAAUCUUUAUCCCUAUAACUACAAGAUACAACAUGCUUACAUUUUACUUGGUUGAGAGAAAACUGGUGAUCUGAAACUAAAUGUUAAUGUGCUGUGCUUUGUUACCAUGGUAGACCUUGUGAUUUAGACAGUGCAAGUAAGAUGUGUGAACGUUAACCCUUCUACAUUCAAGCUGAGAUAACUCUGUGUCAGGGUGUUGAUCAUCAAAGACAAUGCUUGGAUGUGUACAAUUUAAAGAUGUUACAAAGUCAGGAGUUUUUUCUUUGGUAAUGUUUCAAUCUUGUUUUUUAUUGAACAUAUAAUCACUUAAAGAAGAAGAAAAAAAUGCUAAAUCUCUUGAAUUGUAUUUCAGUAUUGUUUUUUUAACGUGCAAUUGUUAAAAUUCUGACAUAAUUACUGAUGCAAUCUUAAUCUGUUAUUUAAAGGAGACUUACAGGAAUAUUGAUGUUUAUUCAUUAGUGCAUCAUUAAAGGAGAAACUGUUUCUGCAGUGAUACAGGUGAUGUGUAGUCAUUUGUACUGACAACUAUGGUAGGCAGUGUUUGCCGGUUUCGAGAGAACAAUUUAGUCCAGGCUAUUUCCACUGAAUGUCAUUGUAGUCCACGGUGUUUCUUAGUUCUGAAGUAUAUAAUUCCUCUAUAGUAUUUUCUAUUAGUGUCAAGGUCUUCCUUGGGAAUUUAUUUCAGGUGAUACUUAACUCGUCACAGUAUUCUGAAUAUUGAUCAUCACUCCUCACCCUACGAUUGAAAAUGCCAAUCUGACCAUGAAUGGAAUACGGUUCGGCGAAAGUUUAUAAGCCACUGUAUGUCUUGAUUGUUAUGUAAACAAAGUGGCCUCUGAAAUGUUCUACAACAGAUGCAAAAGGUUUGUAGUGGCCUGCAGGAAUAUGACUAUGAUGUGAAUUGAAUGACAUACCGUUCCAUCGUACAGUGCUUCCUGUGUAUAAUGUACCAAAAAAGAAUAGUAUGGCUACCAAUCAAACACCAGGAGGACACCAAACCAACGUCCUGUCUGGCUGGGAUCCCCUUUGACAUUUCUCUCUCUCUAAUUGUUUUUAUGAAAAUAAAAAAGACAAAUAUGUACUCCU